GUGACAUUUCGGUGACCCUGGGAGUGCGGUGCACGUCAGUCCAACGGAGUCCGAGCGCUUCGGCUGUCCGAACGGCACCCAAUGGACUCGCGCCGGGGAGACGGGCCGCUGCUGCUGCCGCUGCUCCCGCUGCUGGUGGUGCUGCUGCUGCUACUGCCACUGCCGCUGCUAGCUCAGGAGAGCACAGAAGCCUGUCCAGACCUCUUGCUCAAGGACCAGCCAGUUGGCAUUCUGCUUUUAGUAAACCAAAGUUUAAAUAUUGCUGACAAGUGCAAAGAAUAUCAAUGCAUUAGAAAUGUAUCUACCGGCAAACUACAAAUAACAAUAAACACGUGCGAUACGUUCCUGGACAGAGCGCUCCCGGAGCGCUGCCGUCCCGACUACUCCCUGCGCUUCCCCGCCUGCUGUUUGCGGCCCAAGUGCCGCCGCAGACGGAGGCUGACGACGGCGACGCCUCGGCUCCAACCGACUGGUUCAGCGACAGGACGGGACACAAGACGAGACAGUUCACCUGUCUCAGCAAACCAGACAGAAACGAAACGAUCAACAAGUGGAGCACCAGAAGUUACCAAGGCGACGUCUGAUCUUGCCAGCACUGGGGUCACGUCGACCCAAACGCCGCCCACCACUCGGCGACCACAGCAAAGUUUUCCCGUCCGCGAGACGCCGACGAAGGUGCGAUACGUUCCUGGACAGAGCGCUCCCGGAGCGCUGCCGUCCCGACUACUCCCUGCGCUUCCCCGCCUGCUGUUUGCGGCCCAAGUGCCGCCGCAGACGGAGGCUGACGACGGCGACGCCUCGGCUCCAACCGACUGGUUCAGCGACAGGACGGGACACAAGACGAGACAGUUCACCUGUCUCAGCAAACCAGACAGAAACGAAACGAUCAACAAGUGGAGCACCAGAAGUUACCAAGGCGACGUCUGA